ACCUCUGCUGGCUGGUGUUUGGUUUCUGGCACAACAGAACAGCAGCCAGUGGUCUCGUCUGACUUCUUACUGGAAGUGCGUCUCUGUUAGGAGAGCACUAUUAUACUUUUGGGACUUUGCAGGAGAUGCAGAUCUUCAUCAGGAAAUAUACAGCAUUGUUACUGCUUUGUUAAGAAUUCUUUUGAGAAAUUGUUGGAAAUUUGUUGGAUUCUUUUGAGAAUUUUCUAAAUUUGUUGAUUUUUGAGAAUUUUCUGAGAUUUUUUUAGAAAUUGUUGGGAAAUUGGUAAGAAUUUGUUGGGAAUUUUUUUUAUUUCUAAAUUUGUUUUCUUUUUUUCUUUUUUUGAGAUUUUUGAGGAUUUUCUCAGAAUUGUUUGAGAAAUUGUUGGGAAAUUGGUAAGAAUUUGUUGGGAUUUAAAACAAAUCAAAAUUUGUUUUUUUGGGGUUUUUUUUGAGAAACUGUUGGGAAAUUGGUAAGAAUUUGUUGGGUUUUUUUAUUCUAAAUGUGUUUUUUGGGUUUUUUUUAGAGAGAGAUUUUUAAGAAUUUUCUAAGAAUUUUUUGAGAAACUGUUGGAAAAGUAAGAAUUUGUUGUGAUUCUUUUGAAUUUUUUCUAAAAAACAAAUGUAUAGAGAUUUUUGAGGAUUUUGUACGAUUUUUUGGAGAAACUGUUGGAAAAACUGGUAAGAAUUUGUUGGGAUUUUUUGUUAGAGAUUUUUGAGAAAUUUGAAUUUAUUUGUUGAGAAAUUUGUUAGAAGUUGUUAGAAAUACUUUGGGAUUUUUGAGAUAAUUUUUUUUAUCAUUUAAAAAUAUAUGUUUAUAUUUUUUAACUACAUUUCUGAGUAAUUUUUAGGACACUUUUUCUAAUUUUUUAAAACCUUUUUCGAGUUUUUUUGUCAUCUUUCUGGCUAGCUUUACUUCACCAUCAACAUGGAGAAAAUGCUUCCAGCCCAAGAGGCUGCUAAAAUAUACCACACCAACUACGUGAGGAAUGCCCGAGCUAUCGGCGUGCUCUGGGCUAUUUUCACGAUCUGCUUCGCCAUCAUCACCAUGGUGGUGUUCAUCCAGCCGUACUGGAUUGGCGACAGUGUGAACACUCCUCAGGCUGGGUACUUCGGUCUGUUCUAUUACUGCAUCGGUAACCCCAUCACCUCGGAGCUGGUGUGUAAAGGGAGCGUCCUGGACUUCGCCUCUAUUCCCUCAGGGGCCUUCAGGACCGCGCUGUUCUUCGUCGGGACCUCGAUGCUGCUGAACGUGGGCACCAUGGUCUGCUUCAGCCUCUUCUUCUUCUGUAACGCUGCCAGCGUUUACAAGAUCUGCGCCUGGAUGCAGACAGCAUCAGCGGUGUUGAUGGUGAUGGGCUGUAUGAUUUAUCCGGACGGCUGGAACUCUGAUGAGGUGAAGCGUAUGUGCGGCGAGAGGACGGAUAAGUACACGCUGGGUAACUGCACCAUCCGCUGGGCCUACAUCCUCGCCAUCAUCUGCAUCCUGGAUGCUCUCAUUCUGUCCCUGCUGGCCUUCACUCUGGGAAACAGACAGGAUAAACUGCUGCCUGAUGACUUUGAGGUGGAAGGAGAAGGAAAGGCCUGAAUCCAGAAGAGCUUCAGGUACACAGGAAGUGACUUCUCAGACACAGGAGUUUGAGUUUGGAGGCCACCACCAUACCAUGAAGAAUAUGUAGCAUGAUCAUUGCAGUAUGAUUAGGUAAUAAUUCUGUCUGGUAAUUAGAUAUUAUAAGACAGUUUUAGUGCAUUUACUGCCUCCUACAGGCUACAGGUCAUGUUUGCUAAAUCUUAAUUAAUGCUCCUAUAAAACAGAAAAACAGAAUACAAGCAUUAAACUGGAGCAGUCCUUUGCUAAUUUUUAUGUUGGCAGAAAAAUGCAAUAAUUUUUGUUUCAUAAAAGGUGGUUUCAGUUGAAUGAAUUUGACGCAUUGAGUUAGGGGUAGGUAGACCCGUCAAAAUACUUAUCGAUUUAUCAUACAUUCAUACACAUAUUUAGAUAAGCCCUCAAUUUUUUUUUCUCUGGUGUGUCAACUUUGUUUAAAUGUUUUGUCAGUAUUUUUGUGUUAUUUAUUUAGGAUAUUAAAAUUGUUUUAUUACAAUAACAA